UUUAAAGUAUUUAUAUUUGACCAGCUCUUGUGUUAUUCCAUAAUCCAUGGAGGACGUGGACACCACGAACGUUGACUCUGCAGCGUAACUAGCUCUCCAGGACAUAAAUGAUUUAUAGCAAUUGAAUUUUUCUCAUUUUCUAAUUCUUCAAUCCAUCAAUGAUCAUGGCUGGUCAAAUCCUAUCACAGGUCUUUUCCUUGAUCCUUGUUCUGUUCUGUUGUACUGAACACACCCAUGGCAAGCUGAUUAUGCAGGGAUCAGCCGGAUUCGUCAAAGGUUUCAGAACGUUAACGAGCACCAAGAAGCACACAUAUGGUCAAGCCUUCCAAGACGAGAUACUCCCGUUCAAGAACUCCAACGGUACCAUGACAUCUUUCUCUGUCACCUUCUUCUUUGCUAUUGUCCCUCAGCAUAAGCACAAAGGCUCUCACGGUAUGGCCUUUGUAAUCUCUCCCAUUAGAGGAAUCACAAAUGCAUCUGCUGAUCACUACCUUGGAAUCUUCAACGAAGCAAACAACGGGAACACCUCGAAUCAUAUCUUUGCUGUUGAGCUUGACAUAAACAAAGAUGAUGAGUUUGGCGACAUUAAUGACAACCAUGUCGGUAUCAACAUAAACGGCAUGAAGUCUAUUGCAUCUGCUCCAGCUGGUUAUUAUGAUCAAGAGGGUCGGUUCAGAAACAUUUCUUUGAUCAGUGGAAACCUACUCAGAGUCACCAUUCUGUAUAGCCACGAGGACACACUGAUCAAUGUCACAUUAUCAUCACCAGAGGAGGCUUAUUACCCUAAGAAGCCACUUCUUUCUUUGAACCAAGAUCUCUCACCUUACUUCUUGGACAAGAUGUAUGCAGGCUUCUCAGCCUCUACAGGCUCGGUUGGAGCAAUGCAUUACAUGUGGAUAUGGUUCAUCAACGGCUACAUCACUGUUCCAAAUCUUGACUUUGGGAUACCAACGUUUCCAUCAUAUCCCAUUACAAAAACCAAGGUAGCUCUGAUAGUUUUGGGGACAGGCUUGGCCUUGGCUCUCUUUGCUGCGUUGGUUGCUUCGGCUUUGAGUUUCUUCUUCUACAAGAGACAUAUGAAGGUUAUGGAGGUUUUAGAGGAAUGGGAGAUCGAAUGUGGUCCUCAUAGGUUUGCUUACAAAGAGCUUUUCAAAGCCACAAACGGUUUCAAACAGCUUCUAGGCAAAGGAGGUUUUGGUCAGGUCUUUAAAGGCACACUUCCAGGUUCCAACGCAAAGAUUGCUGUGAAACGUGUUUCGCACGACUCAACUCAAGGGAUGCGUGAGUUCUUGGCCGAGAUAGCUACCAUCGGUCGUCUUAGACAUCCGAAUCUAGUCAGGCUUCUUGGUUACUGUAGAUACAAAGAAGAGCUCUACUUGGUUUAUGACUUUAUGCCCAAUGGUAGCCUAGACAGGUACCUCUAUGGAGGAGGAUCAGAUUCAGAUCAAGAAGAGCUUUCUUGGACGCAACGUUUCAAGAUCAUCAAAGACGUUGCAUCCGCGCUGGCCUAUCUCCACCACGAGUGGCUACAAGUUGUGAUUCAUAGAGACAUCAAGCCGGCGAAUGUACUAAUAGACGACAAGAUGAAUGCAAGUCUUGGAGAUUUCGGAUUAGCUAAGCUGUAUGAACAAGGACAUGAAGCUCAGACCUCUAGAGUAGCUGGAACGUUUGGGUACAUGGCACCAGAGCUCAUGAGAACGGGAAGACCAACCACGGGAACAGAUGUAUACGCCUUUGGUGUGUUCAUGCUAGAAGUUUCUUGCGGUAGGAAACUGUUUGAGCCACGAGCAGAGCCCGAAGAGAUUGUUCUUGCUGAUUGGGCGAUUAACCGUUGGGAGAACGGUGAUAUCAUAGAGGCGGCUAGUGAAAGAAUCAGACGAGACUAUGACAAAGGAGAGCUCGAGCUUGUUCUGAAGUUAGGAGUGUUGUGUUCGCACCAGGCUGAAGAGGUUAGACCGGAUAUGGUGACUGUGGUUAAGAUCCUGGAGGGAGUUACCGAGCUUCCGGAUAAUCUGCUUGAUAUUGUUAGAACAGAGAAGUUGGGAAGAUGGUAUGAGAUGUAUGGCAACGUGCUUGAUGUGGACGUGACUAUGGAGUCUGGAGGUAACUUGACAGUCACGGAACCGUUGACUUCAGUGGGACGGUAAAAAGUGAUUGCUGGAGGUUUGAUGAGGGUUUAAACAUUUGACGGUGUUUGCUUCUACAAAUGAUUGUUUUUUGCUUAACCUUAAAUGUUUUUUUCUGUUGUUGUUUCUUAUAAAUGCAUCGUUUGGUUUAUGUGUUUGUGUGUUUAGUCUUAGUGUGUUGCUUGUCUGCAUCUAAGAUGGGUUUAGUAAAGAGAGAGUAUC